UCCCUCCCCUUUCCUGCUCUCUCUAUCUCUCCCCCUCUGAAGUCGAAAGAAAAAUGUUUUCCCUCAAAGCCAUCAACACCUCAUUUGCUCCUACAAAUCAUGGUUUUUUCCACACUAGAAAGCCAUCCAACACAAAGAACUCCAUCCUGUUCCUUUGCAAGUCAAAUGAUUCCGACUCUGAGGCUCCCCCACCUGAAGGUGAUACUAAAAAACAAGAACUGCUUGCGAAGAUAGCCAUGCUUCAAGCUCAAAAGGUCCGUCUCACUGAUUACUUGGACGAGAGAUCAGCUUAUCUAACUCAAUUUGCUGAAGAAGCCAAUGCUGAGUUUGAUAAAAUUGGAGAGGAUGCUCUAAAAGGACUUGAUGACGCAGGUGCCAGGAUAAUGGAGAACAUAGAGAGCCAGAUGCAAGCUUUUGAGGAAUCUGCAGAAUUGAACAGAACGGAAAUUGAGAAGAACGAUAAUAAGGUAGCAGAUUUUGAAGUUCAAAUGGAAAACGACCGGAAUGAGGGGAUGUUCUUCAAGAGCCUUGGCCAGAAAGCACCAGUUGAUAAAACCAAAGCUAAGGAGGAAGCACAGAAGAUUAAAGAUCUGACUAACGCAAAAGCAGGGUCAAAAACCAGGAAGAACAUUUACCUUGCUUUAAUGGGUGUACUAGCCAUAGUAAUUGCUGAUUCCUUCCUCUCUUCUGCACCUGAUUGGCGAAAAGUUGCAGUUCUCGGAGCAAUUUUAGUGGGUUUGAUCACUCAGUUCAGCUACGAGCAGAGAUUAGCAUCAGACAUAGAAAGAGCAGAAAAGGAACAGACAGACAAAGAAAAGUAAAGUCCUCCUUUUUUCUCAGUAUAAGGAAUUUAUAGUGUGAAAUCUUAGACAUGCCAUUUUGAAUGAAUAUAGCAUGAUAAAAUAACCCCAAGUGAAAACUUCCAACUUGGAUUUGAUA